AUCAUGUUGGCUAAAGUUGCAGCCUCCAUCCUGCCGCUCACACACAUUUUGCUCUUUGGCUGCAGAGAAGCUGGACUGACUGACUUUUGUGGUUCUGCUUUGAAUGGUUCUUGUGUUGAUGUUUUUUAGUGGUUCUUGUGGUUCUGCUAUCUAGCACGCCUGUAGGUGCUGAAGGGAAGACGCUUUUUGGGAGGUUUUCUGACCAACGAAAGUCGACAACGCGAGAUGACGGCCGCCACCAGGCUUCUGGAGGACAUGUGUCACCUGAGCGCUCAGUCUCUAAACAGACUAGACACGGCAAAGCACUUCAAAGUGGUCAAGCUGCUAGGUCAAGGGUCGUACGGGAAAGUCAUGCUGGCCGUGCACAACAAAAGCGGUACUCCCAUGGCUCUGAAGUUCUUCCCUCGCAAGUCCACUCCCCUGCCGUCCUUCCUGAGGGAGUACAACCUCUCCUUGUGUUUCUGCACGCACCCGUCUCUGAGCCGCGCCGUGGGCAUCGCCUACUUCACGCCCUCGCACUACGUCUUCGCCCAGCAGGCCAGCCUCUUUGGCGACCUCUUCGACAUAAUCGUGCCCGAGGUGGGGCUAGAGGAGGACUGCACCCAGCGGGUGGUGUCGCAGCUAUGCGGCGCCCUGUCCCACCUGCACUCGUUGGGUUUUGUCCACAGAGACGUCAAACCUGAAAACGUCUUCCUGUGUGACUCCGCCUGUCGAUGGGUCAAGCUGGGCGACUUCGGGAUGGUGAAGUCCAAAGGCAGCAAGGUACCAGAGGUGUGGUAUUGCUCCCCCUACUGCACCCCUGAAGCUGAGGUGGCCCGCGGCAACGUGGACAGCCGGAGCGACUGGAAGCCAGACAACAGAGUCCAGGUGAAGACAGACGAGGAGAAGAACCGGCGCCCACGGGUUUUGUCUUCAGUAGAGCCCAGCACGGACACCUGGGCCUUGGGCAUCCUGACCUACGCCAUGCUGACCGGCACCCACCCUUGGGCUCAGACCUGCAGCGACUGCAGCUCCUACCUCAAAUACCUCCAGUGGUUCAACGCUGCCAAGAGCCCUGAGGACGACCUGGACGUGUGGGCGGAGCCACCGCACCCGGACGCGGAUUCACCGAAGACGGACACCGGUGGGAAAGAACGCCCCCUCUUGGCGCCCCAGUUUGCUUGCUUCACCCCGUUGGCCCGUGCUUUCUUCCAUUUGCUCCUUGACCCCAGCCCAGAGACUCGCGGGCGACCCGAGGACGCGCUAGCGUACCUGGGAGGGGCGUGGCUACGGGAGGGGGUUCGCACUCGGAUGGACGAGGAGAGGAGGAAGAGCAGAGGGAAAGGAGCCAUGAAGAACGUGAAGGAGACGGAGGGGAGAGGACAGAGAUGAAGUCAUUGGUUACUUGCUCAGAGGUGCUAAUGCUAAUUAACCUGUAGACUGUAGCAAAGCUUUGCAUUGAACACUGUAGCAACGAUACUUCCCCCAAGGCUUCGACGUGUGAACUGAUGAGGAUGAAAAUGGAUUAGAUCUGGAUCCAUUCUUGAAAUCCUGACCUAGGUUGCUGACGGCUGCCAGCUAACCGUCCAUGCAUAGGCGCCGAUCCCCUGGGUGCUUCGGGGCCCCAGCACCCACGGACAAUGCCGAGCACCCACGCGGGAUUGAUGGCAAAUUCUUUCUCACCACAUGCUCAGAAAAGUAGCGUCAGAUUUAUCGCCCGUCUGAGCACCAACUGGCAGAAAUGUAGAUCGGCGCCUAUGCGUCCAUGUUGUUGAUUAGAAAAGUGUUGACAGGAAGUCCCACGGCCUCCUUGCACACAUGAUGCAACAGGUGAGGUUCUGUAGAGUUGUGCUGCUGGAAGGCCAUCACGUCCUUGUCUGUGUCUAUAUUUGGAUAUUUGAGGGCUGCUGGCAACUUUUCCUGGCCAGCGUAUUCAGCCGAACACACGUCUGACUUCCCUGACCUCCUCACAUUUGGCAGCUGGCUAGUUAGCAUUCAGCUUUAGCGGCACUUUAGCACUGACACUUAGAAUAGGAACAACUUUCUUAAAGAGUUUUUUUUUUUUUUAAUCUUCUAGAUCAGUUGUUCUCAAACUUUUUCACCAAUACUUGGCUCUCUAAGUACAACCAUUGAAAUACAUUAGCGCAGUAGGCCUAAAUCAGUGGUUCUUAACCUUGUUGGAGGUACUGAAUCCCACCAAUUUCAUAUGCGCAUUCACCGAACCCUUCUUUAGUGAAAAAUAAAAUGUUUUUUUCUUAAUUUAAUCUUAAUUUAUAAAUAUUAAUCAUAAAAUUAGUUAUUAUAUUAAAGAAAUACUAAUAAAGAUAUAUUUUACAAACAGAAAGUUACAGGAAUGUACACAUGAUCCCAUGUUUACAUCCCAUUGUGCAACAUGUGAAUGUUUUAGUGGGAACUAAAUGCGAUAUCUGAAAGGGGUACAAAUUAUUUCCAAAACAGGACCCCCACCCAGACAUACAAUACUAGUACACAGCUCAUGAAAAACAAUAUUUUUUUGUUAUUGUCAUUCUAAGUGGGCCAAAACACUUACUGUAUAUUAGAAAAUAAUCUCAUGGAAAUGACUGCUGUCAUUUGAUUAUAAUAAUAAAACAUUUAACUUGUUAUUUAGUCAGGUUUGGGACAGGUGUGCUGCUGGUGUGGCCACAUUGCAUGUGCACGUCAGACGUCGCUCAUAUGUGCUCCACUGAAUGCUCAAGGAGUUUUUACGUUUGCUCACGCAUAUGGAAAAUUAGAGGGAACAUUGUUUGGGGGUAUCCAUAAUACGUCGAUAGGGAGAAGUUUUUAUUUACACGAUGAGUCGGGUGUGUCUUGACCUCCGCGGCGGAGGCUCCGCCGAACCCCUGAGGCCGACUCAUUGAACCCCUGGGGUUCGAUCGAACCCAGGUUAAGAACCACUGGCCUAAAUGUUCAUUGAAAAACAUGGCAGAAGUUUUAUAUGACAAGUAUAUUUAAUAUUUUGGCCACUGUAACGUUACACACAGUCUGACAGCAACAGUGUGUUUUAAUUAUGUGAUUCUUUCUAUUUUGGUACAACACACACACACACACACACACACACACACACACACACACGCACACACACACACACACACACACACACUUAAACCAUUGUGGGUGGCCCUGCGGGCAGUUGGGUAAAGUGUCUUGCCCAAGUACACAACAGCAGUGACGAGGAUGGCGGAAGCGGGGAUUGAACCUGGAACCCUCAAGUUGCUGGCACGGCCGCUCUACCAAGCGAGCCACACCGUCUCAAAAAUAAAUGCUCAGUUGUUUAGUUUAGUCUUUAUUUGAAGGGACAAUGCACAGAAACAUUAAGUUCAAAGACAGAUAUGUUCUGUACCAGAUUAUAGCUAAAUAGCUAAUUUCCAUCUGCAGUCCCUGGCUACCUAAAUUAAAGGGAUACAAAAAUCAUGCAAUAAAAUUAUAACAAUAAAAUCAUACUAUAGCAUGUAAUGAAAUGAAGAAAAGUCAUAAAAUGCCCUUUCCUUGACACAUACUUAAUAUACAAUACAACCACACCUUAUUUACAUCAUCACACAAAGACAAUACAUGCUCUUGUUCACAUCUGUCAUCAUUUGUAAAAACAACCAUGAUUUUAACAGACACACCUCACAGUUUACAACAAAAUGCUCUCAUGGAUAAAUAUAACUUGUUGUAAACUCGAUACGACAUCUUUCAGCAGAGGCUCGCAGGUUUGAACCCUCGGCGUGUCCUGACCCACUUGCCCAAUUCUAGUGUGGACUACCUCCAAACUCGAUGGAGUUUGACCUUUGUUUUGUGCUCCUAUCGUAACCAUGACAACCUGCCUAACCGGGACUUUUAUUUUGGAAGGAGUUCUUCAGGAAGUGCUGUUGUUUUGUUGGACGUACUCACUAAAAUGCGACUGAAAACCAAUAAAGG